UAUAAACUUGCAGAAACAUUAAAUUUGCUUGUUUUAAUUAGUCUCUCGCUUCUUCACGCUGUGUAUGAAUCGUGAAUUACGACUUUACAAACUUACGUUUUGAACAAAGUAAAAUAGUCAUUCUUGGUGUACAUAUACAUAUCACUGAACAGAGUGUAUCAGUCCGUUUCGAAUUUUGGAGUAGAGAUUAUAACGAAAAUGUCAGUCGAACAGACGACUUGUGAAGAUCUGAAAGCUUUUGAGCGUCGUUUAACUGAGGUGAUAUCAUGUCUGAAGCCGGCAACGAUUCGAUGGCGAAUUAUGUUAAUUCUGGCGACAGUUUGUACCGCGAUUGGUGCCUGGCAAUGGUUGAAUGACCCAGACACUCCAAUGGUCUCGUUUAUCGAUUCUCUGAUUAAUCAUCUCUUCUUUACCUUAUCUAGUCUUGUAUUGAUUCUACUCUUCCUGACGGGGAUACAUACGCGUGUGGUCGCUCCCUCGAUAGUAACGAAACGUACGAGAGAAGUGCUGGCAGAUUUCAACAUGUCCUGCGAUGACACUGGAAAGCUUAUCCUCAAACCUCGACCUCCGCACACUUGACUAAAUGUAUUACAACUAAUGUCCAAUAAACUAUCAUCCUCUGGUCGGUCCUAUUUCAAUCGUCCUAAGAGACAAAUUGAAUGUCGUGAUAGUUAUGAUAGCAAUGAAGGUGGAUCUUCUACUACUAAUGUGGUAGAUGAAUUUGAUGAUGAUUAACUUGAUAAGACGUACACAUACAAAAUUAAGUAUGUUAUUAUUUAAUAUUACACAUGAUGACAAAAGGAUGACUGAAUAGGAGUUAAAAUUAUAAGCUAUACAUUAUUAACGUUCAAUAGAACUAACGAAGCAGGAAUUAUAAUUACUGCUUACUUAAUAUUAAUAUUAUUACAGUAUAGGAUAUAAAUGUGUCAAUAAAGUUUUGUCAAUUUUGUCAA